AUGGAGUCGAACAUGUUGCUCGAAGACGACACGAUGUCGGCCUUGCUGCCUGCAGACGGGCCUGCUGCACCUCGUCCGCUACGUCGGAGCCGUCUACGUCGCAUGGACGUGGCGCUUGUUGCGGUGCUCGUUUCGGUCGCCGGUUUCAUCUACGCGCGUCCGCCAGCUUUGCGCGCAUCGAACCCCUUGCUGCUCGGGACACCUUCGCGCAACUUUCACUACCUCACAUACGACGACAUUCCAGCGCGUAAGCGCCAAUCAGGAUACAGCAUCAAGUUUUCGCGUCGAGGGUUCGAAAUCGAUGGGCGUGAGACGCUAUUGUUAGGCGGAUCGAUACACUACCCUCGGAGCACGCCAGGCCAAUGGGAACAGCUGUUGCAAGCUGCAAAACAAGACGGACUCAAUUUUGUUGAAAUGUAUGUGUUUUGGAACGUGCAUGAACAAAAACGAGGUGUGAUGAACUUUGCCGGGAACGCCAACAUUACGAAGUUUUACGAGCUUGCAGCCAAAGUUGGGAUGUUCCUGCAUGUGCGGGUCGGUCCUUACGUCUGUGCAGAGUGGAACAAUGGCGGUCUGCCCGUAUGGCUCAAUUGGGUUCCGAAUAUGAAAGUACGAUCAAGCAAUCCAGCGUGGAAGCGAGAGAUGGAGCGAUUUGUUCGCUAUGUCGUGGAGUUGUCGAGACCGUUUCUGGCAAAACACGGCGGACCGAUUAUCAUGGCGCAGAUUGAGAACGAGGUUGCGGCGGAAGAUCCAGAGUACGUUGAGUGGUGCGGCGAUCUUGUGCAGCGAUUGGAUACGUCCAUUCCCUGGAUCAUGUGCAACACGAAUGCAGCUACAAACACGAUCCUUUCGUGUAAUGAUAACGAUUGCGUGGAUUUUGCAAUGAAGCAAGUGAAAGAGCGGCCUUCCGACCCGCUGGUGUGGACUGAGGAUGAAGGCUGGUAUCAGACUUGGCAGAAAGAUAAGGAGAACCCACCAUCGAAUGAUGAGCGCACUCCUGAGGACGUGGCAUAUGCAGUUGCUCGGUGGUUUGCAAUUGGUGGUGCUGCACACAACUACUACAUGUAUCAUGGUGGCAAUAAUUACGGCACGGGUGCUUCUGCGGGAGUAACAACUAUGUACGCUGAUGGAGUGAACCUUCAUUUCGACGGCCUGAGCAAUGAACCGAAACGGUCUCAUUUGCGCAACCUCCACCAGAGCCUGAUUGAGUGCAAUGAUAUUCUGCUGCGCAAUGAUCGGCAGUUGCUGAAUCCCCGUAACAUGUCAUCGUCGGGCGAUCAACGCGCUUUUGUGUACGGAUCAGAAAACGAACAUGGCCAAGUGGCGUUUCUGGAAAACAUGGCGAACAAGAAGGUGACUGUGGUGUACGCGCGCAGCAAGUACGAGCUUCGACCGUUCUCUAUGUUGAUGAUCAAGGACGGAAUUGUGCUUUUUGACACUGCGGACGUACGAAAGUCAUUUUCUGGUCAUCAGCGUCGGACAUACAGUCCACUUGUAAAAGCCGCCACACUCGAAUGGAAAACGUGGAGUGAGCUCAAUGUAUCAAUGGAGAUAUUGAGAAAGCGAGUGGUAGCUAAGCAGCCGAUCGAGCAGCUUCGUUUGACAGCGGACCAGUCCGACUACAUGACUUAUGAAACUACGUUUAAUUUGAGGCAGCCAAAUGGGCCUAGUGUCAACACGAAUGAUGACGCUGCGACGCUACAGGUGACCUCAUGCGAAGGUAACAGUAUCAUUGCUUUCGUCGACGGCUGGCUUAUCGGUGAGAGAUCCCUGGCGUACCCUGGUGGCAAUUGCUCCAAAGAGUUCCAGUUUCAUAUGCCGAUGAACGUUGACGUCAAUCACAACCACGAAUUGAAACUGGUGUCCGUUAGCUUGGGUAUCCAUUCGUUGGGGAGCAACCACAGUAAAGGAAUAACAGGAAGUGUGCGUGUUGGACGCGCAGAUUUAACGGAUGCCCAAGAGUGGAGGAUGUACCCGUGUCUUAUUGGUGAGCAGCUGGAGAUCUAUCGUUCGCAGUGGUUAAAUUCGGUACCGUGGACUGCAGUUUCUCGUUUGUCCGCGUCUUCUGCUGACGGUGGUACGAGUGGGCGGCAACUGAUGAGUUGGUAUCGGACAUCCUUUCGGUAUCCUUUAGAACUACAUGCGACUAGCGAGCAGCAGUCGUCCAUCUUGCUCGAUUUAUUUGGGCUCACGCGAGGUCGAGCGUUUAUCAAUGGCCAUGAUCUGGGCCGCUACUGGCUCAUCAACGAUGAGGGCGACUUCGUUCAGCGCUACUACCAAGUUCCACAAGACUGGCUGCUACAGGAUGAUGAGAAUUUACUGGUAUUGUUCGAUGAGCUGGGUGGGUCGGUUGCUGACGUGCGGCUUGUGUCCUCAGCGAUGGUUUUGGCUGAUGAGAUCGAGGACAGUAUCGAUCGGCACCAGAAGUAG